UCGGCUGUGCUGCUAGCCCGUGGCGGGGAGUGUAAGAGUGUGUACCCCUCUCUCCCCUUGGAGGGAAUGGUUUAAUCCUCUCCCCCCCCUCCCUUGCUCAGGAUUGCGAGGAGAAGUGACAGCGCUGCCCGCGAGGAGGCGGGAGCCGGGUGUCCAGCGACGCUGGCCGGGGAGGACCGGGCGGGGUUGGCUCGUGCGCCUUCGUGCGUUCGCGGCCCCGGCUGAGGAUUGGUGCGUUUGCCAGGGCCUGCCUUUCCUCGAGUGCGAAAACAAGGCAGGGAGCCUCCAUGUUGGGGCUGUGAGGAGGGAGGUUCGCAGGGGAGGAGAGGAGCGGUGGAGUGGGGCGAGAAACCAAAGAGUAACUCCUCAAGCCAGCCAUGGCUCUUCCGAAGAAAGGGGACUUGAGCGAGGAGGAGAAGCAACUGCUGGAAGCCAUUGGGAAAGGAAAUACUGAAGAAGCCGCAAGACUACUGGGCAGCAAGAAUGUCCGUGUGAAUUGUUUGGAUGAGCAUGGCAUGACCCCUCUUAUGCAUUCGGCAUACAAAGGGAAAGUGGAUGUGUGCAAGCUCCUUUUGCGCCACGGGGCUGAUGUAAAUUGCAAUGAACAUGAGCAUGGAUAUACUGCCCUGAUGUUUGCUGGACUCUCAGGCAACAAAGAAAUAACCUGGAUGAUGUUAGAAGCUGGAGCUGAGACAGAUGUAGUCAACUCUGUGGGGAGGACAGCAGCUCAGAUGGCUGCAUUUGUGGGUCAACAUGACUGUGUAACCAUCAUCAACAACUUCUUUCCUCGGGAAAGACUAGAUUACUACACAAAACCACAAGGACUUGACAAAGAACCCAAACUGCCUGUUAAGUUAGCUGGACCUCUGCAUAAGAUCAUAACGACUACAAAUUUACAUCCAGUUAAGAUUGUGUUGCUAGUGAAAGAAAAUCCUCUUCUGGCAGAAGUCGAAGCGAUGCAGAAAUGCUACAAAGUAUUGGAUUUGAUUUGUGAGAAAUGCAUGAAGCAAAGGGACAUGAAUGAAGUUUUGGCAAUGAAAAUGCACUACCUCAGCUGCCUUUUCCAAAAAUGUAUCCUCUUCCUUAAAGAGCGAGAGGAUAAAUUGGAUGGAUUAAUAAAAAGCCUUUUAAAAGGCAGAGAUACAGAUGGUUUUCCAGUAUAUCAAGAGAAGUUCAUCAGGGAGUGCAUUAGGAAAUUUCCUUACUGUGAAGCUACCUUGCUCCAGCAGCUUGUGAGAAGCAUUGCUCCCGUUGAAAUUGGUUCUGAUCCUACAGCUUUCUCUGUACUUACACAAGCCAUUACUGGUCAAGUAGGAUUUGUGGAAGCAGAGUUUUGUACAGCAUGUGGUGAAAAAGGUGCAGCCAAAAGAUGUUCUGUAUGCAAAAUGGUGAUCUACUGUGAUCAAAACUGCCAGAAAAUGCACUGGUUUACACACAAGAAAGUAUGCAAGAUGCUAAAAGAAGUCCAUGAGAAGCAGGAGUUGGAAGCUGCAAAAGAAAAAAAGCGACAGGAGAAUAAACACAAGAAAGAGGCAGCUGAAGCAGCGGAAUCUGCUUUAACAAGUGAAGAAAAUGUGGUUUCUGAAUCUGAAGGAAAUAAAGAAGUGGAACUAAAAUGUGCAGGAGAGAGAACUGAGCAGACUAUUCCUAGCCAGGAGGCACCUGCAUCAUCUCCUUUAAGUGGCCAUGUUCUUGGAGGAGAAACUAAUUUAGAAAACAAUGCUGUUGAAAAAGCACAAGAAUCUGAGGAGUGAAUUGUACUUUUUGGAGCACAUUAAAUGUACAGUCCAUGAGUUAUAAUGCUUAUCCUGGCAUUCUUUUAUAACCCAGCAUAUGUCAACUCGUUUGUCAACUGUAACUUUGCCACAUCAUUCUAGAUUGUGAGGACAAGCACUUAACCAUCUGCUUAGAAUACUAAAAGUACACCAAAUCUAUCAUUGUAACUAUAAUGAUUCACAAAAAGUCAUGGAAAAUGGAAAUAAAAAUGAGAAUGAAACAGAAAACAUGAAUAUUAAGUUGGACCUGUACAGAAUUCUACCAACAUAGAUUUCAGGGGAGUUGAAAUAAUUCUAUUGUUGUAUUGAAUGUAACAUCCAAGGAUAACUUUGCUGGGUCUUCAGCUAAAUUUUGAAGAUUCAUUUUUGCUACUUGUUCGUUUCCAUUAAACAAUGCUGCUAAUCUA